ACCCAAAAUGGUGGUUUUUACAUGUAAUGCUUGUGGGGAAUCUGUGAAGAAGGGACAGGUUGAGAAGCAUGUGAAUAUGUGCCGGCAUUGUGAAUACCUUUCCUGUAUGGAUUGUGGCAAAGAUUUCUGGGGUGAUGAUUAUAAAUCUCACGUGAAGUGUCUAAGCGAAGACCAGAAGUACGGUGGCAAGGGAUACGAAGCCAAAACUUGCAAAGGAGAUGUCAAACAGCAGGAAUGGAUUCAGAGGAUUCAUGAAGUGAUAGAAAAAACAAACAUUAACCCAAAAGUUCGAGAUAUCUUACAGCAAAUGUAUGCCUUUGACAAUAUUCCAAGAAAAAAGGGAAAGUUUCAGAACUGGAUGAACAACAGUUUGAAAAUGCACAACACUUUUCUACAAGAUCAGGUGUGGGAUAUCUUUUCAGAAGCUACUAAGAAGGGACCAAGUGAGAAACAGGAGAAACCACAAGGCACAGCUGGAAAUCAGUGUGAAAAAAAUGAAGUUACAUCAAAGCUAUGUGAAGAGGAUGUAGCAAAAAUGGAGCCACCGGCAAAGAAAAAAAGCAAAAGGGAACAAAAAGAAGAGAGGCGAAAGGUCAAAAAGGAGAAAAAGGAAUUAAGGCUACAAAGUCAACAAGACCGCUUACAACCUUUAAAAGUCAAAAAGUCUAAGAAAGAAAAAUGUGAGGAAGAGGAUGAGAAAGUAUUUCAGGGCAGCCGUGUGAAGGUGACAAAGAAGAAGCGGCGAGCAAUUGAUGCUGUGGAGCCGGAAGUGAACGGUUGCAGUCUCCAUUCAGAAGAGCCAGCAGGAACAAAACCCCCAGCCAAGAAAUGCAAGUACAGCCCCUCGGAAGAGGAGUCUUGCACUGAAAUAAAAAGAAUGAAUUGUCCAGUAACUGAAGAAAAUGAGGAUGAACAUCAAGGUAAAUUCAGUUGGAAAGGAACCAUAAAGGCUGUUCUGAGACAAGCGCCUGACAAUGAAAUCUCAAUUAAGAAACUAAGAAAAAAGGUGUUAGCCCAGUACUACACAGUCACAGGUGACCAUCAUAAAUCUGAAGAGGAAAUUCUGGCCUUGUUUAAUAAGAAAGUCAACAGUAAUCCUAAAUUUAAAGUUUUAAAGGAAAAGGUUAAACUUCUGAAAUAGCUUUAUGUUCAAAUGAUCUAAUUUUGCACAGUAUGCCCAGUUUUACAAUCAGAU